UGGGCUUUGCGGCUUAAACCCACACGCCCACACGUGUCUUUGACCAUAAAUACUUACAACUUACUAGUUCGUACUAUCUUCUUAGAUUAAUUAAUUAAAUAAAAUUAAUUUCAAUCUUCCAAAGCCCUAAAUCCUAAUCGAAGCAACCCUAACACUUCACUCUGGACUCUUCGAUUCAUCCUUCAAGGAUGCCAGCGGCACGGUAUUUUCCGCCUAUAAACACAUUAGAACAAAAGUUACAGAUUCAAAGGAGGCUCGGUGGUGUGAGAUCAUGCAAGUACUUUAAUCUUCUCUCAAGUUUUCUCAGUCUCAAAAUUGCCAAAACUGACUUUGACAGGAUCUGCAUAGCAACUAUUGGGAGAGAAAAUAUCACACUUCAUAAUCAUUUCCUCAAGUCAAUCUUGAAGAAAGCAUCUCUCCCCAAGACAGCCCUGCCAAGACAGAACAGUGUUCAAGCUCCUCUGAAUGUGAAAACGCCAAAUGGGUGUAACAGUCUUCAGCCUCUAUGCAAGAAUCUUCCUCAAUCUCCUCGAAAAUGUAGGACUCCAAAUUUGCGUGACCGCAGAUUUAGAGGUCGUCCCCCUCUUGCUCCUCUGAGGAAGAACAACAACAUUGGAUUUGAAAAUUCAACUCCUAAAACUCAAGAGCCGCAGAUUAAGUCAACUCCUAAAAUUCAAGAGCCGCAAAUUAAUUCUACUCCUAAAAUUCAGGAGCUGCAAAGUAAUUCAACUCCUAAAAUUCAAGAGCAGCCAAGGGUCACAGAUCCACAAUGUGCUGGAAACACGCUUCAUGCGUCUGUGGAAUGUGGAAAAGAAGUUGGUCGUGAUUCUGAAAUGACCAUUAUUAAGAGUCCUAAAAUUCAAGAGCGGCCAAGGUAUACAGAUCCACAAUGUGCUGGCAACACGCUUCAUGCGUCUGUGGAAUGUGGAGAAGUUGAUCGUGAUUCUGAAAUGACCAUUAUUGAGAGUCCUAAAAUUCAAGAGCAGCAAAGGGAUACAGAUCCACUAUCUGCAGGCAAAAGGUUUCCUGUUUCUGUGGAGUAUGGGAAAGAGGUUGAUCGUGAUUCUGAACGCCUAGCCAUUAUUAGGAGCCCUAUACGAGCACCUCUUGCUCUUCCUACCUAUGGUAAUAGAGCACAAAGACUUGCACAUAAUGGAUUACCAUCUGGUAUUGUCACUAAUACAUGUGAAAGUAUUAGUUACUUACCUGAUACACAUUCUUUAAUGAAAAGAUUGGAGCAUAACUUGGAAACCGAGGGAUGUAACAUCUCAGCGGACGCAGCCAAUGUAUUGAAUAAGGCACUUGAUGUUUACCUCAAAAGAUUGAUAAAACCCUGUUUAGAUUUAGCGGCUUCUAAACCUGUAAAUAAAUUUAGUGGUCACAUCCAACCUGGUAUGAACUAUUUGCCACAGAAUAGGAGUGUGCAACAGCUAAUUGGAUCUGCUUCUGCAUCAAUCUCUGAUUUUAGAGCAGCAAUGGAGUUGAAUCCUGCCAUACUAGGGGAAGAUUGGUCUCUACAUUUUGAGAAGGUUUGCUUUCGUGCUUCAGAGGAAUGAUUGCAUUGAUCCAAGUUUUAUAUAUGUAUUGGAAUGGGUUAGCUCAGUCACAAUUCUGACUUGAGUUUUUACUGAUAGAGAUUGCAGACAUACAUAGAGGUGGAAAUAUAGGAAGUUUUCAAGUUGGUGACCAUAACAUGUAUAGGUUUCAGUAUUGGAUACUUUAGCUUUAGACAUUUUAUAUCAUAAAAUUCUUAAAUAA